CAACCACAACACUAACAUCUCGACACACGCCACAAUCCACCAUGACCAGCCGGCGCGACUUCCUAAGCCAACCGGCGCCCGAAAAUUACGUGGCCGGCCUGGGCCGUGGCGCUACGGGCUUCACUACCCGGUCAGAUCUCGGCCCUGCGCGCGAAGGCCCCAGCGAGGAUCAGAUCAAGGCAGCCGUCGCAAAGCGAUCUGCCCAGCUCGGUCUGACCGAGCCGAAAGACGACGACAAGGAUGACGACGAGCGCUAUCAGGACCCCGACAACGAGGUUGGGCUUUUCGCAGGUGGCAUCUAUGAGAAGGACGAUGAAGAGGCUGAUCGGAUAUGGAAAGAAGUCGACGAAAAGAUGGCUAAGCGUCGCCAGAAGCAGAGGGAAGCACGAGAGGCGGCCGAACGCGAGGAGUACGAGCGCCAGAACCCCAAGAUACAGCAGCAAUUUGCCGGACUGAAGAGGGCACUGGAAACGGUGACGGACGAGGAGUGGGCGAAUCUACCGGAUCCCAAAGACCUUACCGGCCGGACUAAGAGGGCCCGGCAAGCCCGCAUGCAGCGCUUCUACGCAGUUCCCGAUAGCGUCCUUGCCGCCGCGAGGGACCAAGGACAGUUCGGCACCACUGUCGCCGACGACGGCACGGCAACAACGGUCGACGGAAACAAAGACGGCACCGUGACGGAUUUUGCAAAGAUUGGUGCUGCCCGCGACAAGGUGCUCAGGGCCCGCUUGGAGCAGCAGUCUCAGAGUAGCGGCAUUGCCACGGCGGGAAGCGCGACGAGCAUCGACCCCAAGGGCUACCUGACCUCUUUGUCCAACGUGCAGGGAGCCGAGCAGAGUAUUGGAGACAUCGAGCAGUUCCGGAAAAUGCUGAAGUCUGCUGUCGACUCAAACCCAAAGCAGGCGGCCAGCUGGAUUGCCGCAGCUAGGCUGGAGAUUGCUGCAGGAAAGCCCGGCGCGGCUCGUAAUAUGAUCGCCAAGGGCUGUCAGCACUGCCCCAAGAGUGAGGAUAUCUGGCUGGAAAAUAUUCAUCUCAACGACAACCGCAAUGCCAAGGUCAUUGCCGCCCAAGCAAUUCAAGCCAAUCCACACUCAGUCAAGCUGUGGGUGGAGGCAAUGAAGCUCGAAAAUGACCCAAGGUCACGGAAGAAGGUUAUUAGGCGGGCCCUGGAUCACAAUCCAGAAUCUGAAGCUUUGUGGAAAGAAGCGGUCAACUUGGAGGACGACCCGGCAGACGCGCGGAUGCUACUGGCCAAGGCAACCGAGCUCAUUCCAGAGUCGCUUGACCUCUGGCUGGCUUUGGCGCGCCUCGAGACCCCGGAGAAUGCUCGCAAGGUGCUCAACAAGGCUGUCAAGAAGCUUCCCAACUCGCACGAACUCUGGAUUGCGGCCGCCCGCCUGGAGGAGCAGCUCGGAGAGGGCGCCAAGCGGCCGGUCAUGAAGAACGCCGUCAAGUUCCUCGCCAAGCAAAACGCCAUGCCCAAGCGCGAGGAGUGGAUCGCCGAGGCCGAAAAGUGCGAGGAGGAAGGUGCCGUGGUGACGUGCAGCAACAUCAUCGAAGAGACGCUCGGGUGGGGCUUGGACGAGGACGACGAUCGCAAAGAAAUAUGGAUGGAGGACGCCAAGGCCAGCAUCAGCCGAGACAAGUUUGCGACCGCUCGCGCCAUCUACGCGUAUGCGCUGCGCGUGUUCCCCAACAGCAGGAGCCUCUACCUGGCGGCAGUAGACCUCGAGCGUAACCACGGCAAUAAGGAUGACCUGUGGCGCGCUCUCGAGAAGGCGGUGGAGGCUUGUCCCCAUGUCGAGGCCUUCUGGCUCAUGCUUGCCAAAGAGAAGGCCGGCGAGAUCAACGAGGCCCGCCGCGUGUUGGCCCGGGCAUUCAAGCAAAACCCGGACAAUGAGGACAUCUGGUUGGCUGCGGUCAAAUUGGAGGCCGACAACGGCUUCACCGAUCAGGCGCGCGAUCUCCUGAAGACGGCGCGGCAAAACGCGCCAACCGACCGCGUGUGGAUGCGCAGCGUCGCCUUUGAGAGGCAGCUGGGCGCCAACGAAGCGGCGCUGGAUCUGGUUCAGGAUGCCCUGCAGCUCUUCCCCGCGGCGCCAAAGCUGUGGAUGAUGAAGGGCCAGAUCUAUGAAGACCUCGGCAAGCUCCCGCAAGCCAGGGAGGCGUACAGCACGGGCGUGCGCGCGGUGCCGUCGUCGGUCCCGCUCUGGCUUCUCUACUCGCGCCUCGAGGAGCGCUCCGGCAACGUCGUCAAGGCGCGCAGCGUCCUCGACCGGGCCAGGCAGGCGGUUCCCAAGUCGCCCGAGCUGUGGACCGAGCUUAUCCGGGUGGAGCGCCGGGCGGGCAACGUCAACCAGGCCAAGACGCUCAUGGCGACGGCGCUGCAGCAGAUGCCCAAGAGCGGGCUGCUCUGGGCGGAGCGCAUCCUGCACCUGGAGCCGCGCACGCAGCGCAAGUCGCUCAUCACCGAGGCCAUCAAGAAGGUCGAGGACGACCCGGUCCUGCAGGUGACAGCGGCGCGGAUCCUGUGGGCGGAACGCAAGCUCGACCGGGCGCAGAACUGGUUCGAGCGAGCGCUGCUGCUGGACCGCGACAUGGGCGACACGUGGGCGUGGUACUUUAAAUUUCUCUUGCAGCACGGCACCGAGGAGAAGAGGCGCGAGUUGGUGGCCAAAUGCGUGCUCAACGACCCGCGCCAUGGCGAGCAUUGGCAGGCGGUGGCUAAGGGUCCCAAGAAUGCGGGGAAGGGGACCGAGGAGAUAUUGAAGCUGGUUGCCGCGUCGUUGAGUUAGUUGGCAGGGUCCAGCAGGCCGUCAAGGGUAUAGUGUAAUUGAUGAAGGUGUCAUGGUUUGUUUACGUGAAAUAUUGAUAUCCGGGACUGAAGGCAGCUCUUGUAGCACGAACAGGAUGCAGUCGUAUGCAUCACAAUUUGGAGAUAUCAAAUCCGGUCUGCUAAAUUCCACCCGGAGCGAGCAAAGACUCCCCACCCUAUAACAGUAACCCGAAUCAAGACGAUAACACCG